AUGAGAAAUAACAGCUAGUAAAAGGAGAGUAUUUCACAAUUAAAGGAAACAAUUCACAAAUUGUAGUAGAGAGAGGCUUCUUAGAGAUUUGAAAUAGUGAAAUUAAAAAAAUUAUUAGUUGAGAGAAAUUAAGAAUAUAAGUUAGUAUCAGAUUAAUUAUAAGAACUACAAAGAAUUUAACAAAGAGAUAACCAAUAUAUAUUAAAAAUAGACAACUAUGUUUCUAAUUUGAAAAAGAAGCUGUAAAAAGCAAACAUCAAAAUUGAGUCACUCGAAUCAAAGUUCUCCUCUUCGAGAGUUAAAUAAAAUAUAUCAAAUGACGAUUCCUUUAAUGGAAAUGACUCCUUUUAAACAGAGCCUACCACAAUUUCCACUAAAUAACCAAUCCUUAAAUAAACCUCUAAUCGUUCAAAUUAACCUUAUUCUGUUAAUAAACCAAAAUUAAUUUGUAAACCUAUUAAGGUGUAAUUACCCUAUCCAAACACUAGUUUCACAGAAAAUUAAGAAAUAUCAGAAAAUAGCUCUCUCAUUAAACCAAGAGCAUUAUAAGAAUAAAUUCUUAACAGAAUCCUAGAUGACGAAGAAUUUAUAAAUAGUUUCUCUCAUUAAUGUGGAUAAAUGCAGACAGAUUUGUUCUCCUAUUAUAAAAAUUAGACUCAACCUCUUAGUUUUGCAUGUAAUUCAAGAUAGAGUAGUUUCAGUUUUGCAAAUAGUGAAAAAAAGUAGAAUCAGAAUGUUAAGUAAUAGAAAUAAUCUAAUCGAUAAUAUCAUUCUAUGUCUAUCGACGAGAAGGAAAACAAUAAUAAAUAUUUUAAUUGA